AUGAUGGAGGAUAAAUCAUGGACAUUAAUGGUGGCGUUGAGUUGGAGACUGCUUCAGACGCUAAUGUCAGAGCCGUUUUGGACACAAUCUCCUUGGCCGUCUCCAACGCACCAGCUGCCUUUGCAGACGAUUUACGUACAAGAUGGGAACAGUUGCCACCGUGAACGAGUGACUGUUGUUGGCUUGAAGACUUUGUUUCCGGGGAGGAGGAAGAUCGUGGGCGGGACGAGUAACGGAGACACCAAAGAAGAGAUGAUAGAAGCAGUGAAGCUUAACAUGAGGUAUCCUGGUCCCACGUGUCGGUCCUCUGUUCCUGACGAUGCCGAAAUGUUAAUUCCCCAGUGGCCGGGAUUCAAACUCAGGUGGCGGUACUCACAGCUGUAAGUCCUUUACCACUAGAGCUAGAAGCCCCGGUUCACUCUUCUAAUUUAUUUAAGUUGUUUUCGU